AUGUCAGACCAAACGCUUGGCGAUGUAGUGGAGAGUGCAAAGUUUGCGGAAGGUGAGCUAACAAUGAUACUUGACGAAAUAACAUUGCAGAACGAAAAGCUUGUUGAGAUCCAACGGAAGAUUGGAAUUGGAAGGACACACUUAGUCAAGAACUCACGAUUACUUAACGAUAUAUUUAAAAUGACCCGACCAAUACUUGCAAUCGGAUUGAUUGUGUUUUCACUUGUUGUUGUUGUGAUUGUCUACAUUCGACUUCCAUCUAGCAUUAUGUGA